CUUCUUGCUUUGCUUCCGCAUCUCGCUGUAUUCUCUCCCUUCAAUAUCCUUGCACCCUUGCAAUUGAAUGCUCCAUUGCUAGUUCCGUUGCUUCAUUUCUCUUCUGGUCCUCGACCUGUUCCAUAUAUCUCCUUUCACCUGCUCCGGUCUCUUCUAUCUCUCAACACUCCCAGCCAGGCAGACGAUGCUGUCGUGCUUCGCCCUCACUGCUCCCCACCUCCCUCUUCCCUCCUGAACUUGUCUGAUGCUGCGAGCUGGGUGUUGUUGCAAGCUUUCAUUUGACAGCUGUUUCGACCUGCGUGCUUAUCGGUGCUGCCUAUCGAUCUCCACUCGAAGCUCGGUUCAAACUUGUCGCGCCCUUUGCUCGCUGCUCAAUCUUUACCUGUUCUUACUACUUCAGCGGCGCUGUUCCUGGAAGGAUGCUGCUCACACUGAAGCCCUCGUCGCAGAACGGGGUCAAAGGGCCCCAUGACUACGCCAUCGUUCGCCAGUCCGUUCCUACCCCACGGUCUUCCCCACCUCCAGUGUCAGAUCUGUCAACGACCACAGCGCCUUCGAGAUCGUCUGCAGACAAGUCCAUGGACAAUUCUCGUAGCGGACUGCCGCCCGCGGCCUCCCUAACUCUACCGCCGCCAAACCUAGGCUUCGCAAGUGGCACUGGCCCCGCCAAUGCAAUGAAUCAAACCCUCCCGCCGCCUCCGAGUCAAUGGCAGAGCUCCGAUGACUCCAUGCGCCACUGGCUCCAAACUAAGGCAGAGGAGGAUCGGAGGAAGCAGGAAGAAGAGAAAACACGCCAAGAGUCUCUGCGACUGGAGCAGCGGAGGCUCGAACAGAGCAUGCUGCGCGAUGCGUUGCAGGCCGGAAUUCCGCCGCACCUCAUUCCGCUGAUCUUCGCGGGUAUCAGUCCCGGCGGGCUGCCCCCCUCCAUUCUUGAGAUGGUUCAACAACACAUGGCCCAACCGGUUCCCGCGCGGACAUCUGCUCCUUCGAUGCCGGCUAUGUCACAUGCACCGACUCAGGCCCAACGACGGCCAUCGCACGUCCGACGUGAUUCCCGCACGCUUCCCCUGAACCCUUAUACCGCCCCCUCAGUUCCAGCGCAGGCUGUGCCCCCUCCGGGCAUUCUGCUGUCCCAACCGUUGCACCCCGUGGGUGCGCCUCCGACUGUGCAGCCGCCACCGGUCACAAACGGUGCUGUUGAUACUCGACUGCCCCCGUCCGUUCCGAGGAUGCCUCCGAGCGAGCCGCAGCUCCAGCAUCAUCCUCCUCCUCCUCUUCCUCCUCCUCCUCAUAUUAACCUCAGUCAUGUGCACUACGCUCCUGGAUCUUCCAUACCUUUCACACAGUCGGCAGUGAGCAAGUCAGAUUCUAUUUCGCGUCCUUCUCCACCAUCUCUGUAUUUCCACCAUUGGGUGCCACCAGGACAGCCGCAAGCCAACCAACUGGGAGGGCGGACUCGCCAGGAGUCGCCCGGGGCGACGCAGGGACCACGCCGGGUCGAGUCCCAAAAUUCUCCCGGACUGAAGAGAAAAGCUAGCGGCCCUCAUAUUCCUGCUCCGAUGCCCUCAUCGAGGGGGCCGGAACCCGUUCCUGGCUGUAGCAAUGUUUAUGCCUCCCGGCCAGGGUCUCCGACGGGUAGAGAACCUCGCCCGAUGAUGUCGACUGAGGCAUUGUCGACUUAUGACCUUCAUGUGGCGGAUUCGAGACCUGACCGCCCAAGUCGUGGCCCCAGCCCCGACCCGGCCACCGAAGACCCGAAACCGGACCCGCACCGUGAGGAGCAUGCUCCUGCUGUAGAUGACUCGUCCGGGGCGGAACCUUCUUCAAUUAGACCUCCAGACGUACGGCAAGGCGCAGUCGCUGAGAGCACAUUACCUGAUCCAGGAUCAACGAGGAAUCCUGGCUCACCUGUCGUCACGAGGCCAAGUGACCCCAAACAUCCCACCUAAUCCCGUCCCGGGAAGACUAGAGGCACCCGUCGUCGUCGUCGUCAUGAGUGACUUAGUCUCUUCCUACAACACCCUGUAAUAUUGCUGUGGUCUAUCUAAUUUUCAAGCUGAUAUCUCUUGGGAAGCGACUUGUAUAUUCUCUGCAUUCGAAGCCUAUUGUGUCCAUCGGAUCAGAUGAGUUUUAUGAUACCAAAGACUAGAAAUGGCCUUUCUUUUUUUCUUUCUUUCUUUGUGUGCUGUUCCAUUUCUUGUGCCUUGAGCCAGACUGUACACUACUUGUAGCACCCUCC